GAUAAGUGUUCCACAUAUUUUAGUUUACAGGAGUGCCUUGGAAUCCUUAAGUUCGAAGUAAACAACACAAAACGCUGCUUGUCAAAUGAUCUGGUUUAACAUGUUUUUCUUGUAGACAUUUCUGACAAAACCAACGAGGAACUACUAUUUCCUACAACCUCACAAGAAAGCCUACAUGCUGCCUCUUAUUGAACGUCCCGGCGGCCGAGGCACUCUCGUCUUCCCCGUUCGGAGAGGCUAGGACAGCGCGUAGGCUUCGGCCUACAACUACGCACGCGUAUCGGAGUGGCCACGAUUGUAAUCAUCAUCGCGUGCAGCUCGCUGCUUGCGUGCGGAUGUCUUGCGAUCGGCUCCAGAGGCUCUGGUGUUGCCUAUAAACGUGGCGCUACACAGUCAUGCUGCUGCUGCCAAUGCUGCUGCUACUGCUGCAGCAGCCUGGACUGUCGCUCUGCACAGUCCCAUCUCUCAAAUCCACCGACAUGAACACUGUGGUCAACUCUCCAUAUUCUUCCCUAAUUUAUUUUAAACAGAAAAGUACCAUCCAAGUGAAACAUUUUUUGAAGAAUCUGGAUAACGCUUCUGAACUGCUUAAACAGUAUGCAAUUUCAGUGUGGCAGGUUGACUGCCAAGAAAACCAUGUGGAUCACUUUUGUGAGAAAGACAAUAUUAUCAACAAAGCCUAUCUCUUUCAGCUGAACAAACUACCUCAACCCCUAUACCUCGACACUCUAUUCGAUGUCGACUCGAUCAUGGCCAACACUCUGCACUUGCUCUUGAUGGAGGAGGUGAGAUUUGUCCAAGAUAAGCAAGGGCUGCAGAUCCUCAAGGACACAGAAAAGGGCCGUAGGGAUGUUGUGUUUGCUUAUCUCCGUGCUACUGGUCUUCCAGAACACAGAAUAUUCAUAGAAAUGGCAUUUGUUUAUGGAAACAAAUUCAUCUUUGCCUUCUCAACGGACCAAAACAUUCUAAAGGACCUUGGAGUGCUGGAGAGCUCCUUCUCCCCACACCUAUGGCUCAUCAGCUGUGGGGCUUUGUCACUCAGCGACGACCAGCCAUGCCCCGAGACCGCCUUCCGGCAGCCCUUGACCUUGCCUUACUUGCAUCGCUUCUUUAAGCUCGCUUCAGGGCCACCUUAUGUGGAAACAACAGAGGAUCCUGCACAUGCGCAGACAAUUUUUUCGGAGCUGCACAUCCCAGAGGUGUUUUUGUUUUCACGGAGAGAGACGUACCAAUAUGACAAAACCACCGCGCGCACCUUGUCCCAUCGCCUGCUGGGCUCAGCCGGUGUCGUCCUUGUCCGCUGUGAGGAACACGGAGUUGCAUUUCCAACUGAUUUCAAUGUCGCCUACAGAGGUGCAAAUCCAAGCGCAAAGGUGGAGCAUCUGUUGAUGCAGUCAUUUGAGGCGGUGAUCACCCGAGUGGAGCGGGAGGAGACGCAUGGCUCCGAGCAGGAGCCAGAUCACAGUGGUUAUGGUCAGCCCCAAGAAGAAGAUGAUUAUGACCCCUCUUCCUCAGACUUUAUGCCACUCUGGGCCAUGCAGGAUGAUGAAGUUGUAAUGGCUGUAGAAAAAAUCAAAAAUAAGAAGCUCAACCUGGAAGAAUCCGUCCCUGCACUCACAGACGUCGGCUACCAAAGGGUCUUAUCGCAGCCAGACAUGGAUCUAGUCAUCUUCUAUCUUGGCUGGGAUGCUGUCUCUAAAGCUUUUUUAUGGACCUUUGCAGAAGUUGCCAACAAGAUAUCAGCAGCCUUCAGCGGUGUUGGCAGACGAGUCUCCCCGUGGCGCGUGGACUGUGCCGAGUGGACGGAUGUUUGCCAGCAUGCCAACGCGAGCCGCCUCCCCGUGGUGUUGCUCUUUUCAUCACUGGUUCAGGGGCCAACCGCCUACCCCGGAACCUUGUCGAGGGAUGCGCUUCUCAGCUGGGUGGCGAUGAUUAGAGUAGACAGCCCACUACCAUUGCACUCGGUGGAAGAAGCGAUGGGUUUCUUGCGAGGGGAUUUGCCCAGCUGUGCUGCCGACCUUUGCAAUACUUCUGCCCUUGCACUGCUCACAGUCAACAUGCCUGCUGAGACCACAGCCUUUGUUGAAGCCAGUAAGGCCCUGAGAGGAGAAGUUCUGAUGGGAUUGUGCAUCACCGAUCGUGUGGCCUUGGAUGUGUCCACUCAACUUGGCAGUGCCAUUCCUUCCAUAAUUGUCUUCAAACGAGGGGAACCUUUUUUAAAGACAUUUGCGUUCCCACGGCCGAUCAGCGCAGAUGUCACUGUGAAAACUAUCCGCGACUCCAGCCAGCCUGCAUUUGCAGAGCUGAGCGUGUCGCUGCUACCGGAGCUGCUACGUGUCGGCCGGCCUCUCUUAAUCCUGUUUGUUGGAGGCCGCGAUGGAGCCUCCGUGUCAGCCAUGCGUACACUGGAAGCCGCAGCUCGGAGCGGGGCUCUGGCUUACAGCACGGCUUGCUGGAUGGACACUGUGGACAACCCAGUGGGCUUGGAAAUCCUGGAGACAUACUUGCCGAGGACAGCCAACCCUCCGGAGUUGGUGUUGGUGAACCCACACAAGGGCGCAGGACAGGUCUACGCGUUUCCCAAAUCUGACAAGCCACUCACCGGCUCUGCCAUCUCUAUGUGGCUCACAAGUAUCCGGCUUGGAAACCUACAGCCGACAGCUGUUCUGCCAGACAAGACAUGGCCUCCGUCACGCCAAAAUCUGGACUUUCUGGCCAUCAUGGAUGCCGAAUCACCGGGGUUCGCCGAGAACCGUAAACCGAAUGGAGCCGACACCGACGACAGAGAUGCAGGGGACGGUGAAGAAGAUUACGAUGACAACGAUGACGCUGAGCAUAGCGGGCAGCAGGAGGAGUGGAGUGAAAGGGAUUCGAAUCACAGGGUUUCGUCUGCUUACAAUGGGAGGGAGGAAGGAUUCCUACCAGCACGUGCGCCCCAAAGCGCUGGCGGCGGUCAUUUUGCCCCUAAUGAGAAAAUGCACCAAACCCGGCCACCACCACAAAGCCAGCCUCAUGACAGACAUGACGAGCUAUGAGUGAGAGCGGCACUUUUUUUUUUCUCCACCCCACUCUUAUUCCAAAAAUAUGAUAUUAUACAGCUGCCCGUGUGUUGGAAUGUCCUUUCUUAUCGUGGUGCAUGCUGUGUAUCUGACUUGUUUGGAUAACUUUGGGUGUUGCCUUGCCUGUGCUCUUUGCGGGGGAGGGUACUCCAUGGCAAUCAAAGUGCAGCUGUUUUGUUCCAUGUGAAAAAAGCUCACCUUUUAGCCCAUCUGGCUCUGUUAAGCUUCACUUGUCAAAAUCAAUAUCCCACCAUUUGUCCAAAAGUAUUAUCCGAUACAUCCUUUGACCCAGCUCCCACACACACACUGGUCAUUCGUUACUGUCUCUGGAUUGUGGGAGUGCCUUUCACCAGAUCUUUAGAUAGUGUUGCCGCCCCCCCCCCCCCCCUCGUGUGUGUGAUGUUUUUUUUCCAUGUGCUCUGGUUUCCUCCUACAUAUAUAUAAACACUCAUAAAUUGGCUUCAAACUAAAUUAAAAACUACAAACCCAUUGCUGGACCAUCCUGAAAAAAGAGUCACAUGACUCAGUGUGGCUUUCCCCUAAAAACAACAAUUAUCCCAAAAUAAGUGCAUUAAAGCUUUGUUGUGGACAUACUGAAACAUGUUGGACAUUGGAUACAUAUGAAAGUUAUCAUGGAACCGUAGAAAAGUUUUAAUGUUCAUCAAUUAGUUGUGCCAUGUUCCAAAUGUUUCUCAUAACUUCAGGCGAACUAGAGCAUAUUUAAUAGAAGUUUCCCAAUUCCCAUUCGCGAAAUGAAUUUGGAUAACCAUAAACGAAUAGCUCUAUGCCAUCAUAACAACAACUUCAUGUAUAUUAUGAUUUAUGAGCAACUGUUGAACAAAAUUUAAAUACUGUUUAAUUUCAUUUUUAUACUAUUUAAUUUCAUUUUAAAACAGGUUUAGGUUAUAGAAGUUAAUCGUCAAAUUAAGUGUAAAGAAUGUGGAACUAAAGAAAAGUAUGUAUUUUUUCAUCUUACAAAGUCAGGGUUUUGUAAGUCAGGUUUCAUAUUUGUCCACUGCCAGGGAAGAAUACAUCCCAAAUAUGGGUUUUUUUUCUCUCCAAAAGAGCAUGCUUUGUGUACUCUGACCACCAUUUGGCGAUGAUCCUUUAUAUUUUUGAAUGGCAAGCAAUGUCAUCUUCACCCUAUUUCCCACUUGCUUGUCAUCGCAUCAAUAAAAUACUACUGCCAUUCAUCGCAGAGGAGAACAGAUUUUCAUCUCUAGCCUGUGCGGGUGAUGACGUACUUGGAACGGUUGUCCCGACAAUAGGUCUUUGAAUCAAUGCUACAAAUGUAAAUAGCUUAUCGUUAUCGCACGUCUGGGCUUUGCUGUUUUACAAUUACUUUUGGUAUUUUACAAAUUCGAAAUCGUGCGUUACUCGGCAACAAAACGGAACAAUUUUAUAAAGUGUACGUUUAUAGAACAAUGUGUUUUUGGGAUUUGGAUUGUAAAUGUUUCAAAUCGCUGGAAUUUUGUUCUGGUUUUGUCUAACAUAGCAUUGCAAACAUUUAAAGUUGCGAUCAUCCAUGUGGUUUGUGUUCUGUGUUGCAGCACAUGUUACACAUGACACUGUUCGCGUGUUUGCACCCCUAAAAGCAUUAAAAAAUUCGCGGUUUUAUAUCAUCCCCUUUUUGGUUGUAACAUUUUCUGUAUGCCAUAUGGCUUUUAUGGGCAAUGCCCCUUUAGCAUUGGAAACAUACGUGUAUGUAACUGCAGCUACAUACUUCAACUAAAUCGAUUUUUAAGUGAUUUUCUUGUUCUUUUAUACAUUUUAUUCCUGUUUUUAGUUUUUCCUGUAGGGAAAAACCACUCAUUUUUGGGACCGGCGAGAGAUAUACAUAUAGUAUGUACAGUAUACGCUUAUAUAAGCGCACAACUUUAUCUGUGAUGAACGCUGCACUUUCCGUCGUUUUCAUGCAGGGGGCGCUGCAAACCUACGCGCCCCCUGCAUGAACGACGGAGGCACAGGGACAGACGGUCGAUCGUGUUGGAAUCGAUCUGCAGGCGGCGGUCUUCUCGCACAGCCAGCAGCUCUAUGUCGCCUUAUCUCCAUCCCGCAAUCCCAAACAGGUGAAAGUCCGCAUCGAACCGAACCGAACCCCCAGCAAGGCCAUCUACUUAACGAUGAUAGAAAAUUCACACGAAAUGUCGUUUUCAAUGAAGUCUUCCAGAUGUAAAAUGAUGUAAGCUUUUAAUGAAGAAAUACAAUGAUCUAAUUCAAAUCAUAAUACAAUUCAAAGAUGUUUCAUAUUAAAACUUCAAAACGGAGCAUCGGGUGCUUGCGUGAAUGCGUCGUUCGUGUGCUGUCCAAUCUAGCUAAGCACAUCGGGGUCUACACUUUAAAAUGUAGGUGUUGGCAGUUUAUAAGUAAAUUAAUAAUUAAAGGACAAUGUCCGGUCAUGCCGACGCCAAGUCCAGUAACCACAAUAAGUAUGGCCCCAUCGACAGACCUCUAUCGUGUAUGUGCACACUAUAUGUGUGCGUGUCUAUGGAUGGAACUCAAGAGAACGUGUCACAACAGCAUUUAGAGCUGCACGGGGACAUUGUCUUUGUGCUCUAUGUGUGUAUAUUAUGAAUGUAGAUUGUGUAUAUACCGUACGUGUAAUGUGUGUAGUAUAGUAAUGAUUGCAGUCAUUUUCCAAUCCACUGACGGAUGAAAACCUACCGUUGUUGUGGCGGGUUGGUAAUAGUGAGAGUUGGCGCCAUGCCAGGUCAGAUAUUGCUCUUCUUGUUAGCUGUGGCCAAAAAGUUAAACUCUUGAAUGGGUCACUGCAAUUGCUUGUAACACCAGACCAUAUUUCAAAUCAACCAAACUAAAGCAACUGAUCGAAGAAUCCAACAGUCGGAUCGAUGUCCCAAUCUGCCUCGAUAGGCUGCCUUGUUUUAAAACAUACACACAGUUUAUAAUUCAGUUAUGCAGUGUGUUUCUAAUUGUUCGGUUCAGAGUUUGUGGAAAAUUAAAUGGCAAUAAAUCAAACAAUAGGGAAAAGAU